AUGGCUCCCCCAGCUUCCAGGUGGUGGGAUACCCCCAGCGAUGCCGACCUCGACUACGGAUUCGAUUUUGACGAACCUGGUACUAGAUACGGGCCUGAUCGCAACACGAACUCCAGAAACCAGAGCGAACCGAAAGGACUAGAACCCCAGGAUACAGAGGAGAAAGGAGUGGUUGGAAAUAUGUCUUCGUGGCUCCAGCGUCAGGCUGGCUCGUCGCACGGGCAGCUUGCGACUACCGCUGUCUUGUCCGGUGCAGCUGUCGCAGGUGCUAUCUUUGGAUACCAGUCAUACAAGCGAAAGGAGGCUGUCCAUGACUUGAAAGCUUCAAUUCCAAAUAUUGAUGAUCUGCACCCCGCUGAAAAGCUUACCGAUUUUGGUGCCGCUGCAUCUGAUAUCCCAUUGAGCAAGGAAGAUGAGCGUAGUGCAGCUUUGGCUCGCAGAGCGCAACAAGGUGACUACGAUGAUGAUCUGAUCCUUGAACAACUUGCCCGGAACCGCGUGUUCCUCGGUGACGAAGGUCUCGCCAAGCUUCGUUCUUCAUUCGUCGUUGUGGUUGGAUGUGGUGGUGUUGGCUCUCAUGCCGCUGCCUCACUCGCUCGAUCGGGUGUGUCUAAGAUCCGACUUAUCGACUUCGACCAAGUCACACUAUCUUCGCUGAACCGACACGCUCUUGCCACGUUGGCCGACGUUGGAACAUCCAAGGUUCACUGUAUCCGGAGACGGUUGGAACAAAUCGCCCCAUGGGUCACGUUCGAUUGCAGGAACGAACUUUUUGGAAAGUCCGCAGCCGACGAGCUCAUCGGUCCUUGGACUCUGACAAAGGAUGGGGAGGGACGCCGUCCGGACUUUGUGUUGGACUGUAUCGAUAACAUCACCUCCAAGGUGGACCUUCUACACUACUGUCACUCCAACUCCCUACCUGUGAUUUCAUCCAUGGGCGCUGGAUGCAAGUCAGAUCCAACUCGCGUUGUGGUUGGCGAUGUCUCGCUCAGCACCGAUGACCCUCUGUCUCGCAGCACGCGGCGUAAGCUGAAGGCCCUGGGCGUGACCUCUGGUGUCGCCGCUGUGUUCUCGACAGAGAAGCCGGGCCCUGGCAAGGCAAGCUUGCUCCCUCUUCCCGAAGAGGAAUACAAGAAGGGUCAGGUUGGUGAGCUCGGGGUUCUCCCCGACUUCCGAGUUCGCAUUCUCCCUGUUCUCGGAACCAUGCCUGCUGUGUUUGGUUACACAGUAGCCAACCACGUUAUCUGCAGCAUUACUGGCUAUCCACUCGAUUACAACAUGGGCGCCAAGGGCCGUGAGAAGCUCUACGACGGCAUUCUCGCCGCUAUGCUAGCCUUGCACGAGCGUAUGAUCAAGCACGUCACUGGCGACGACACAAUCGGACUUCGCAGUCCCAUCAGCAAGGAUGACAUCGCAUUCCUUGUUGAGGAAGUCUAUCGCGGAAAGAGUGCAGUCAGCAGCUUGCCGAACAGACUGGUUCUCAUCCCCUGGCAGAACCCUGCCCAUGGAUGGAAGAUGGAUUUGAGCCUUGAGCACGAAGGUCAAAAGUCUAUUCCCAUCAAUAUCAAUGAACUGGUCUGCAUGACCAAGGAGGAGGCUUCUCGCCACGAGAAGGAGGUCCUCAAGGGUGGCAAGCCGGUCGAAGAGGUCUACGAUACAGUCAUCAUCCAGCGUGUGAACCUUCGGAAAAAGGAAGCGGAAGAAAACGCAUGGCAAACACGGCCUGGUGGGAGCUAUAACCCGGUCUCCCGGUCGUUGGAAGACACGAAAUCCCCGCGUUGGAUUGAGAUGAUUCGCUCGGUGGUUUCUGCGCCACGGUUCCGACGCUACGUGCUUAUUUGCCUCAGCUUGUUCUUGGUGGGUUGGGUCAGCUGGCGAAUGCUGCUUUAUCCGCGACUCCAAGAGCGAAGCUCAUUAUUGCAUUCGCUUGAUCCCAGUACGAAGACGGAAGCCGGUGGGUGGUUCGGGUCAAAUGUCAUGCCUCAGUUCGACGACAUUGUUCAGAUUCGCAAAUUGGAUCCGGAGCUCGUGCCCACAAGCUCGGCUGGAGUAGAAGCAGAGUCGUCAAGUCGGAAGCGAUUGAUCUUUGUGGGCGACGUUCAUGGCUGCAAAGCGGAGUUGGAAGCGCUCCUUGACAAAGUUUCAUUCAAACCAAACAGCGGCGAUCACCUCAUUUUCACUGGUGACCUCAUCAACAAAGGGCCAGAUAGUACAGGUGUUGUAGAUCUAGCUCGUGGGUACUCGGCCUCCUGCGUGCGCGGAAACCACGAGGAUCGAAUCUUGCUUAUUCGAAAGGAGCUGGUGAAGACCAAUACUCUUGCGACCUCCGAUGAUUACGAAGAGUCACAUUUAUCAUCUGGGGAAGCCCGUGAGCGUGCCCUUGCACGUUCGUUGAGUGACGAGCAAGCCGCGUGGCUGAGCAACUGCCCAGUCAUCUUGGACAUUGGCUCCGUCCCAGGUAUGGGGCCGGUGGUUGUUGUGCAUGCGGGCUUGGUACCAGGCGUCGAGCUUGAGAAGCAAGAUCCAUCUAGUGUGAUGACUAUGCGGACCAUGGACUUGGAUACGCAUGUGCCUAGCCCAAAGAAGAAGGGCAUGAAUUGGGCGAAGUUGUUUGAUAAGCAUCAAUCUGUGAUAUACUCGACCCUUGAGUCCUCAACUGAAGACCCCCUCUCGGGCACCAUGACUGUCGUCUACGGCCAUGAUGCUUCUUCUUCCCUUUCUAUUCGCCCUUACACUAAGGGUCUUGACUCUGGGUGUUUGAAGGGGGGCAAGCUUACAGCGUUGGUUGUUGAGGAUGGCGGCAAACAAAAUAUUGUACAAGUGAAGUGUAAAAAUCGCCUCAAGGACUAA